AGUAAAACCAAUCUGGUUAACAGACCAGAAUUGGGAACUGAAAAUAUCCGUUGUAAAAAGACUAUUAUAGCUGCAGCUUUUUAAGUUCUCUUUCUAAUAGAGAGAACACAUCCCUUCCAACAACAUUAUAGUCCCAUCAAAAAGGAGUUGACCAGUAAUGAACAAGCCCUUCAAUAAGAGCCAAUAUGACUAUGGCUAUGACUAUGACAGUGACGUUCUCUGUGAAAAGGAUGAUGUGGUCGCAUUUGGAUCCUACGUCGUCCCUGUUUUCCUGUCUGUGGUGAUCACACUGAGCCUCAUAGGAAACAUUCUUGUCCUUGUGAUCCUGGCUCUGUACGAGAACCUCAAGUCCCUCACCAACAUCUUCAUCCUCAACCUGGCCAUCUCUGACCUCAUCUUCACCACCGGCCUCCCCUUCUGGGCCAUCUACCACAUCUGGGGGUGGAUAUUUUCAAACAUUCUCUGCAAAAUCGUGACUUUUGUCUUCUUCAUUGGGUUCUACAGCAGCAUCCUCUUCCUGACCAUCAUGACCAUCUACAGGUACCUGGCGGUGGUCCACCCUCUCUCUGACCUGAGGAUCCAAAAACUCACGACUGGUAUUUUCCUGUCCCUCCUAAUGUGGAUGAUUAGUAUUGGAGCAGCCAUACCCUCGCUGCUCUACAGCUCUGUCAUCUCGAUCCCCCACAAGGAUAAACAUUCCCGGGGCUGUGAAUACGAAUCCACCCUGUGGAAAAGCAUCGCUGUCUCCCAGCAGAAUAUUUUCUUCUUGGUUGCUUUUGUGGUGAUUGGUUUCUGCUAUAUCCGGAUACUCGGAAAAAUCUCACAAACGAGAUCCCACACAAAGAACCGAGCAGUGAAGCUGGUCCUCUGCAUCGUGGCGGUAUUCUUCAUCGGCUGGGUGCCGUACAACCUGGUGAUAUUUCUGAGGACUCUGGAUGACAACUUGGUCCCACCGUUUGACGACUGUGAAUUCAGCAUCCAGCUCGAUUAUGCGUUCCAUGUGUGUCGGCUCAUUGCUUUCUCCCACUGCUGCCUCAACCCUGUCUUUUAUGUGUUUGUUGGUGUGAAGUUCAGGAGCCAUCUGAAGUCAAUGCUGCAGCAAAUUUUCAGUCGGAAAAGUGCAGUCGAGGAGCCACAGGUCAGAAUGCAAAACCUCAUCUCACACGGAUCACUGUACUAGUUACUGACCAAGCAUCAUGUUUUGUAGCGCUCCUUCAGAUUUUUUUUUUGAGCUUUAAAAAGUGAGCAUUUUGGCAAAUCUACUUAUUUGUUGCUGUUUGUAAAAAGCUGUAAGCAAAAUCAAAAUCUGACUUUCAUUGUUUAUUAAUAAAUGUGUGUAUCAGUGUUAAACAUUUGUCUUAACAUAUUGUUUGUAUGGGAUUCAACUUUAAUACGUUUUGCCACGGGAUAAUACAAAUAUCAUUCAGAGUGGAAGUGAAACAACUGUAGCAAAUAUCCUCACAGUGCAAAUACUUCUUUAUUAGAAUUAUAGGUUUUCAUCUAUUGUUUACUUUUGGGGCAAAUUUCAUAUAAUGUGUCUUUUUAUAGCUAAAUCUUGUUUUUGGAUUUCAUAUAUUGUGAUUAUGAAAGUGCUUUAUUAAACACCCCUGUUGUGAUACAAA